ACAAGAUGAAUUCAAAAAGAUGGUGGAGAUCUCUGGUUUCACUGCAUGCAGUUUUCCUUUUAGAUACCUUGGGGUGCCAAUAUAUUUUAAAAGGAUAACGUACUAAUGCUGAUUGUGAGUGUCGACAAAAUAAUGGCUAGGAUUAAAGUUUGGAGUUCUAGGAAUUUAUCUUUUGCUGGUAGAAUCACACUAAUUAACUCUGUGUUGAUAAGUGUGCAUACCUAUUGGGCCCAGGUGUUUGUGUUUCCAAAGCAUACCCUUAGAACUGUGGAAUCUAUUUGUAGACCCUUCCUAUGGCAAGGUACUUACUUCAGUUCCAAACCUGGGUACAUAGUUUGGAAAAAAGUAUGUUCAGCCAAGAAAGAAGGUGGGCUAGGAAUUAGAAAUGUUCAGAUUUGGAACAUUGCAGCUUUGGGGAAGUAUGUGUGGGCAAUAGCCAGAAAACAAGAUAUUAUGUGGGUAAGAUGGGUCAAUGCCAUCUAUGUCAAGGGGGAGAACUGGUGGGAAUAUCAACCAAAGGCUGAUAGUGGGUGGUACUGGAAGAAAAUAUGUGCAGUUAAGGAGCAAUUGAAGCAGUACUAUGAUGAAAGAAGCUUAGCUCAGUUGCCUAAGUAUUAUGUGAAGCAAGUGUACCAGAAAAUGGUGGUGCAUCGUCAGAAGCUCCCAUGGUGCCAUGCUGUCUGGAGAAGAUCUGCUAUUCUUAAGAAUUGGGUUAUAUGUUGGCUCAUGGUUCAUGGCAGGUUACAGACAAGGACCAGGUUAAAGAAAAUGGGGAUUUGUGACACUUCAGUGUGUCUGAUCUGUGACAGUCAUGAGGAAACACAUCCUCAUCUCUUCUUCGAAUGUUGCUACAACAAGUCUUGUCUAAUGGAAGUUAAGAAGUGGCUUGGAAUUCCUGGCCACAAUGUUCAUUACAUGGGUUUGAUUAGGUGGAUACAGUGGAAAAGCAAGGGGAGCAAAUUUCAGAAGAAUGUGAUGUACACUGCUGUGAAUGCUGUAGUGUAUGCUAUAUGGAGGGUCGGGAAUGAAGCUCUAUGGAAUAACAAAGUGCCUACAAUGCUGCAUACUUUCCAGUUUGUGAAACAAAGUGUUAUAAAUAGAAUACAAAUAUAGGUAUACCAAAGAUUCACCAUUCUCUAUCUCCCUAAAAAAAAUAUUCUUUCUCUCCUCGCAAAAUGCCAGUAAUGUCCAAUUGCAGCUUCUUCCUCGAUCUCGAUCUCUAUCUAAUCCAGAAUCGUCCUUGAUGCUUUGCUCGACCUCUCCAUUGAUGAACUUGUCAAUUAUUUCCUUGCUCAAGGUGAUGGAUUUUUGUUUGUUUUGGUUUCCUCAAUUUUAUUGUUCUAUUUUUCGGAGAUUAGGGUUUUAUGGUGUUGAAAUUGAAUUGAUUUUGAGACAGUUUCAAGUUCUUUCUAGUUUCUCUAUCUAAUUUCUAAUUUAUAUACGUGUUAUGAUAAAAUUUGUGUGAACUUAAUAUGAUUUUAAUGAAAUUGUUGGCAUGAAUCGAUUGUCUCAACCCUUGAGUUCAACAACACUACCUCCACCAGAGUAGAAGCCACCCAGAUCCUCUCCUUCCCCACCAUCUCCAAUUCCCUCCAAUUUGUGUGCCAUGCCUGUUUAUUCUGGUAUAUUGUUGAUUUUUUUACUUUAUUCUGAUUAAAUAUGGAUUUUGAUUUGUUGAUGCUUUGAUUAUAGUGUUUAAUUUUUCACUGCAGUUCGAGUUCUUUUAUGGAUAUAAUUAAAAUUGAAGAAACUGUAAGGUACCUUCGUAUUUUUAAAUAAAGCUAAAAACUUAUAAUCAUGGAAUUGGUAAGAGGAGUUUCCUACAUAACUGUUAAUGAGCCAAUUUAUUUUACUUUUUUCCAUCGUUAAUGACUAAUUCUCUGACUAGUAGGAAUUUCAUUGAUGUGUGAUUUACCGAGAAUAAAUUGGCUAAUCUUAGGCAUGUGAACUUGGGACAUUCGUCUCUUGAAACUGUGUAAAAUAAUGUGGAAAGGAUGGAGUGUCUUCUAGUAUGUUGAUAUUAAUUACCACUUCAAUGAUUUUUUUUUUUUUGUUCUACUACGAGGAGUUCCCACCGCCUUAGGCGAGUGGACUAAUCUCCCGCGGGAGUUUGCAUGGGUACCUCGAUGGGCAGCAUCCCUCCCAGUUGAGAUUUUUUCCAUUCCCAAUGCUCGAACCCGAGACCUUGGUUAAGGAGCAAGAGGCCCUUAACCACUCAUGCCAACCUCAAUUGGUACCACUUCAAUGAUUAUAGGUACAUCAAGAUGAUUAUCUGGAAAAUGUAAAGCUUGAGCUUGUUGCUCUUGUUGCCAAACAACCAACAUUCUACCAGCUUCGUUCUGUUGAGAAACUUGGAUACAUAACUGUAUUUAUGAAGACGUAAGGUGUUUAAUGGACACAAUGGUGUGAUUGAUAAAGCAGUCCAGUUCCCAUCACAUGCCCCUGUAGGUGGCCUACUAGAUCUACCCUUUGAUCCAUCUACUGUAGGCCCGGCCCUAGGCAUAGGCGAGGAGUGCCAUGGCCUAGGGCCCAGGCUCGGAGGGGGCCCAAAAAAGUUUAGUUCUGCUGUUUGUAUCAAGUUAAAGCAAAAAAAUGUAUACAAAUACACUAGAAUUGCAGCGUGGCACAGUGGUAAAGUAGAAUGUCUAACUACCGCGGGAGAUCCAUGGUUCGAUUCACGUGCCUGUUGCCAUCAUUUCCUUUUUCAUCCUUGUUUUGUUAAUGAUUGUCUUUAACUAUUUUCCUUUAAAUGUCUAAGAUGAAUUUAUAUUUUAGAAUGAAAAAAGUUCAUUAUUCGUUUAA